AUGAGCAAAGUAAAGACAAUUGGAAAUAAGGAUAUUGUGCAAGCGAUCGUUAUAGCCGAUUCGUACAAUGCUGAUUUCGAACCAUUCACGAGCACAACCCCAUUGGCAUUGCUUCCAAUUGCUAACGUGCCACUGGUCGAGUAUACGCUCGAAACGCUCAACCGAAAUGGAGUGGAAGAGGUGAUUGUGUUCUGCAGCAACCAUAUCAAUCAGGUGAAGCACUACAUACACCAGAGGCAGGCGGCCGGGUGCACCUGGUCCAUCAAUAUGAAAGUGUCGAUUAUCGGUUCGAAAUCGUGUCGCAGUACCGGUGAAGCGAUACGCGACCUGGACAUCCGGAACACAAUCCGCGGCCAUGUGCUGCUGCUCGGGGUGAAUAGUUUGACGAACGCAGAUCUGGCCACACUGAUGGAAGAACACAAGCAACUGUCGAAGCAGGACCGGGGUGCGGUGAUGACGGUGGUGUAUAAGGAGGGCCUGCAAAGGAUGCGUACCGGCAACGAGGUUAUGAUAGCGGUGGAACCGAAGACCCGUCGACUACUGCACCACCAGCGUUUGGCACGGCAAGAUCGGGAGCGUACGUUCGAAGUGCCGUUGGAACUGUUUCUCACAAACCGAGACAUGGUCGUGCGCCAUGGACUGCUCGAUCCACAGAUUGCCGUCUGUAGCCAUGCUGCGUUGGCAUUGUUUGCGGACAACUUUGACUUUCUGACGCGGGACGAUUUCGUGCGGGGUGUGCUGAUAAAUGAAGAAAUUCUUAACAGCCGAAUCUACGUGGCCAAAUUGGCGGCGAAAGAGUAUGCGAUGCAAGUAAACAACUGGCAGAGCUUCCAUUUGGUUAACUUGGAUGUGAUUAAUCGGUGGCUCUACCCGUUAGUGCCGGAUACAGCGGUUAGUGAGCUCCGGCAGCAGUAUAUGCACUUACGGAACAAUGUCUACCGCCAUCGGAACGUGCACCUCAGCAGGUCCUGUGACUUGGACGGUGAUCUGGUGGUGGGAGAAGAGAGUGAAAUCGGUGAAGGUACGUACCUGCGGCAAUCGGUUGUGGGGCGAAGUUGCCGGAUCGGACGGAACUGUCGAAUCGUGAACAGUUUUCUGAUGGAGGGAGUAAUCAUCGGUGAUGGAACCGUUCUUAGUCACUGUAUACUGCAGCGGGGCGUAACUGUGGGUGUGGGAUGUACCAUCAAUCCGGGUUCGUUGCUUGGGGAGGGCGUUGAGAUACCGAACCGGUUGGUUGUAGCGGGACUGCUGCUGCAAGCGAGCAAACCACCAGAUUGUGAGUGGGCCACGCCGGUAGAGAAGAUAGGCGACCGAGCAUACACCAUACCGGUGGUGGAGGAAGACGAACCGACUCAUACCGACAAGGAGGACGAAAGCUCACGCCAGUUGACACCAAAUCAACCAACCAGGAUUUUACCACUCCUGGAGCUUUAUAUAACCUCCGUGUACGAUCCUUCCGAUGAUGUGUUAGAGAGCGGACCUGCAUCGCCCAUCCCAGAGGAUGCCAACAUUUUCAUGUCUGAGGUGGUCGAAUCACUUAAACGAGGCCUAGCAGACCGUACCAAUCCCAACUAUCUGAUACUGGAAAUCAACUCCUCCCGGUACGCCUACAAUAUGGCACUAUGUGAGGUGAACUUCUACGUUGUAAAAGCGAUACUACAGAUCAUGCUUGAGCAGGACAGUGUCGGGACAAAUACCGUCAGCACGUUACACCGUCUGCUCGCCUAUUUCGGUGUCGUCUUUCGGAACUACAUCCGCGACCGGGAAGCGAUGAUGGACUGCCUGAAAGCGUUCGAAGAGAUGUGUUCCGUGAGUGAAACGUUGCGAGCGAAAAUUCUUCAACUGGUGCACUAUCUGUACGAACAGGAUCUGAUCGACGAGGAGGUCAUUAUCGAGUGGUACGACGGGAUGAAUGAUGAAACGAUCAGAUCGACUUUGUUGAAGUUGGUAGAAUGGUUGAAGGAGUCUAGCGAGGAAGAUUAG